AUGGGAAAAAGGAAAUCUACAAGAUUCCAAAGUUCUGAUUCAAAUAUAGCACAAACUGAAGAUAAUGAAGAAGAAAAAAAAGAAAAUGUGAAUAAAAAUGUGAAUAAAAAUGUGAAUAAAAAUGUGAAUAAAAAUGUGAAUAAAAAUGUGAAUAAAAAUGUGAAUGAAAAUGUGAAUGAAAAUGUGAAUGAAAAUGUGAAUAAAAAUAAAAAAGAAAAUUUGAAUAAAAAUAAAAAAGAAAAUUUGAAUAAAAAUGAUGCAAUGAAAAUAAAGCAAGCACCAAUUAGUAAAGAAAAAAAAAAGAAACAAAUUGAUGAUACAUCAAAUUUAUCAUAUGUUUAUAUAUUAUUAAAAUAUUUUUUUGAAAAUAUUAAUAUAGAAAUUUUAAACGAACAAUUUUAUUUACAAAAAAAUGUAUUAACAAUAACUGAAAUAUUAAUUGGGCACAUUUUAUGGGUAUAUAACCCCGAUAAAAAUAUAUUAUGUGGAUCGAGAAUUAUCGAAUUAGAAUCCUAUAAUGGUAUAAAUGAUAAAGCAUCACAUGCAUAUAAUAAUAAAAAAACAAAUAGAAAUAUACCAAUGUUUUUGAAUGGUGGUAUUAGUUAUGUAUAUUUAUGUUAUGGUAUGCAUAAUUGUCUAAACAUUGUUACAAAUAUUGAAAAUGUCCCAGAUGCUAUUUUAAUAAGAUCAAUCGAACCUAUUUACAACAUUCCAUUUUUUGUCCUUAAUAAAUUUCAAGAUUUAAAUGAAAUAAACAAUUUAUUUUCUUUCGAUAAUGUUAUUAAUCAAAAAGGGAAUAACUUAAAGAAUAAUCGGAAAUUCCAAAUCAAAGAGAUGGAUAAAAUGAAUGUGGAAAAAAAAAUUGACAAGAAAAAUUGUGCUAAUGAAAUAAUAAAAAAAAACACAUAUUUAGUAAUUUUACAACAAUUAGAAACAAUUUUUAAAAAUAUAAAAUAUAAACAACUAGUCAAAUUGGGUAGUGGUCCUGGACGUGUAACAAAAUGCUUAGGUGUUACGCGAGAUGAUGAUAAAAAAGAAUUUUAUUUCGACAUAUGUAACGAUAAUAAUAUAAGCAACAAUCAACAUAAUAAAAUAAAUGCGAAAGAAAAAAAUCAAGAAAAUUUGGUAAAAGGAGAGAAAGUAAAUGAUAGUAAAAAUUGGAAUAUAAAAGAUGACUGUUCAGGUAAUUUUAAUCAAAAUUGGGAUGUAAAAGAUGACUGUUCAGGUAAUUUUAAUCAGAAUUGGAAUGUAAAAGAUGACUGUUCAGGUAAUUUUAGUAAAAACAUAGAUCAGAAAUAUUAUUUUAGCUAUAAUGUUAAUAAUUUUUUGAGUGAAAAAAAAAAAAGUCGAUUUUUUAUAUCUAUUUGCCCAUCAGUUGAAGAUGUCUUAAAUUUUUAUGAAAAUUUAAACCUUGAAAAAAAUAGUGAACAAGAUUUUAUAAUAGACAUAUAUAAACAAUAUAAAAUAUAUUUAUUAAAAUAUUUUGAAUAUAUGAAAUGGAAAAAAAAUGAAGAUAUUAUUGUUCAACGAGAUAAAAGAAUAGGGGUAGCCUAUGCUGAAGAAUAUGCUUUGUAUGAUUAUCGAUUUAUUUUAAAAAAUCAUCCAUCCAUAUCAGUUUUACCAAAAUGA